AUGGCAAGCUUCGCGGACGAAUUGUUCGCCGACUUUGGCUCGGACGAUGAACAGGAGAUUGGUCUUCAAGAGCAGGGCGAGGCUCCCUUAUCCACCAACGGAAAUGGCACGCAAAUGCGUAAACGCAGUCAUCCAGAGGACGAAGAGGAGCCAAAAAUCAAACGCGUACACAUAGAUGAUGCGGAUCUUGACGAUCUCGAAGACGGGAGCGACGAUGACGAUCAAGGUAUGGUGGAUGGAAACGCGGCAAAGUCUUCAGCAGCCUCGUUAAACGGAGAGCAAGGCAGUACCAAUGGCAUACCGCUUGGGCGCAACGCUGUACAGCCCGCUGCCGAAAGAGAUCAAGCGGAAGUGGACGAGCUCGACCUGACGAACACCACCAGCGUCCGAAACGUCGCCUCACUUCUAGAAAACGGCAGCAAAGUGAAGCAAGUCCUUGAGCAGAUCGACCACUUCAUGGCUCUCGCCGAGCCUGAUCUCGCCGGAGUGCUAGAAGAUUCGCCAGAAUACCACCUCAUCGUCAAAGCGAACAAUGUUGCCGUCGAUGUUGAUAACGAAGUGAUGGUCGUACACAAGUUCAUCCGCGACCACUACUCGCCACGCUUCCCCGAGCUCGAAUCGCUCAUCCCAAAUCCCUGGGACUACGUCCAAGCGGUCAAAGCGAUCGGCAACUAUGAUACCAUCCCUACGUCUUCCCUGGAAGGUGUUUUGCCACAUGGAACCGUCGUAGUCAUUAGCAUGGCAGCUUCGACUACAACUGGUCAAACCCUUCCUGUAUCCGAAUGGCAUGCUGUGCAAGAAGGCUUGGAAAUGGUUUUGGAGCUCGAGUCGGUGCGUUCGCGAAUUCUCGCUUAUGUUGAGUCACGCAUGGCGUUCGUCGCGCCCAACCUAUCCGCUGUCGUCGGCACACGCACGGCUACCAAGCUGCUGGGCGUUGCCGGAGGUUUGGAUGGCCUGUCCAAGAUCCCAGCUUGCAACCUCCACCUCCUCGGUGCUGCCAAAAAACACUCGAUGGGUCUUUCAUCAGUUCACGGAGGCUCAGCACGCUCGACUGGAUUCAUCGUGCAAAGCGAUCUGGUUGCCAACACGCCCGACGACUACAAGCGACAAGCGAUUCGCAUGGUCUCUGCUAAAGCGCUGCUAGCCGCACGAAUGGAUGCAGGUAAGACCACGAGUCGCGACGGCUCAUACGGUGUAAAAUUGCACGAAGAACUACUGAAAAAAAUCGAAAAGCUCCUCGAACCUCCGCCGCAGAAGCUUGAAAAGGUACUGCCCAUUCCAAAAGAGGGCGGCGGUAAGAAAAAGCGCGGUGGGCGAAAGGCACGCAAAGCCAAGGAGCGGAACGGGAUGACGGAACUGCGCAAGAUGCAGAACCGGAUGGAAUUCGGAAAGCAGGAAGAAGAGGCGAUGAGCUACGAUGAGUCGGUGGGUCUGGGUAUGAUCCAUAGUUCGGCUUCGGGCAGGAUAAGGGCGCAGGGUGCCGAGGAUCGAUCGAAGAGCAGAAUGAGUAAGGCAAAUAAGAAUCGCUUGGCUGCGCUGAAGACGGCGAGUGGGGCGGGUGGAAUGAGUUCCGUAUUACGUGGAGGGCUUGUGGAUGGUACGGCGUCAUCAUUGUCGUUCACACCGGUACAGGGCAUCGAACUGGUUGAUCCCAGUAGACAGUCGACGGCAGGUAGAGCGCAGGGCGUGGAGAACGCGAAAUGGUUCAAACAGGGUCAAUUUUCGUUGUUGCGCGGUGCAAAGGCUAACUUGCCACGUACCAUGGGUCCUCCACCUCCCCCGUUUACAGGCGGGUCGUAA